GUCGUUAGACGUGGCAAGAUGGCGGCCGAUGAAGAAGGRAAGAAUGAACCUCCCCGACUGAAUUUAACAAUCACAGAAGACCAAAAUUCCCCUACAAAAGAAAAUCUGAAUACCCCAGAGAGGGAUGAAGUUAUAGAGCCUUAUAAAAAUGGAUUUGGCUUAGGAGAAUAUUACAAACUUUGUCUCAAAUAUUAUCACAAAGAAAAGAAGAUAAUCAAAAUAUCAUAUGAUGACAAGCUUCAGUUAACAGCUUUUUGGAAACAAGUAACAUGUGGGAGUUACGAUCCAGACAAGCUACCUGAUGUAGGAUACUUUGAUGUCAUUGGUAACGAUAGAAGAAAAGCAUGGGAGGCAUUGGGAAACAUGAGUCAAACAGAAGCCAUGGAAAACUUCUGUAUUCUUCUUGAGGAAUGCUCACCAGAAUUGAAACCAUGGAUGGAAGCACAGCAUCGCGAAGUGGAAGAAAUGAAAAGAAAGAAAAAAGAAGAAGAAGAGAGGCAAAGGAGAAUGGCAGAAGAAGCUGCUGAAAGAGAAAGACAAAGAUUAGCAGAGGAAGAAGCAAGAAAAAGAGCAGAGGAAGAAGAAAGAAUGCGCAAUGAAGAAAUGAUAAAACAGCAAGAAUUGAUAAAGAAACAAGAAGAGCAACAAAGGAUUCAACACAAUCAAGUAGAUGGUUUGCAACACCCAGCUCCAUCACAGCAUAAAGAAGAGACUAAACAAUCCAYGUCACCAGCCARUCAAACAACUCGCAUCCUUCCUGCAUCGUUGUGGACAAGACCUAAAGUUACAGAAUUCAUACAACAUGUCAAAUCAGAUCCUAACUCUGUCCUAGUAGUGGGAAGAGGAGAGACAAUGACUGUCCGUGUGCCAACCCAUGACAGUGGAACUUGUCUGUUUUGGGAGUUUGCAACAGAAGAUUAUGAUCUUGGAUUUGGAGUUAGUUUUGAAUGGUCUGUUCAGAAUGGURCAUCUCAGAAUAUUACAAUUGCUGUCAAUGAAUCUGAUGAGGAUGAAUUUGCUGAAGAAGACGAUAAGCCUACAGAGGAUGAUUCCAACUCCAGUCCCCCUCGACCAAGGGUGGAUGAGAUUUUACCAGUUGUCAGAAGGCCUUGUCAUGAGGAAGUGAUUGUUGGUAGUCAUAUGUACCCUGGCAAAGGAGUGUAUUUGUUAAAAUUUGAUAACUCCUAUUCAUUAUUUAGGUCAAAGACAUUAUAUUACAGAGUUUACUAUACACGGUAAUAAUAAAUAAUAUAUAAUUUGUUUUAAUGAGCUACAAAUAACUUUCUUUAGCAAAGAUUUUACAAUGUGGGACAAUCUGAUCUAAAAGACACUUAGUAAGAAGUUGGAUAAGAGAAUUGUAAGGUUUUAGAUCAAUUAAUGUAAUAUAAUGAAAACUGUCAGCAUUGUUAUCCGCACUCCAAAUAUUUUGAUGUUUCAAAGAAACAAUAUUAUGAAAUCAAAAACAUCAAAGAAAAAGUAGAAUUAAAUAUGCAAUUCCACUUUCCCUUUCUAUGAGGAAAUCUAUUUUGUAAUUAGUACAAGCAAUGAAUUUAUAAAGGAUUAAAUGUAGAAGUAUUGUGUUUGAGACAGUCGUCAAGAACGUUGUACUAUAGCAUAUCAAUCAAAUAAAAAACUUUUAUUGGUUUUUAUUAA